AUUUCAAUAAUGUCGUGUACUCCCCUUGUAUAACACAGGCAAUCACGCUUUUUUUUUAGACAGAGAGCCGGAAGAUGAUUAGAUUUUAUUCUAGAUUUUAGAUUUUAGAGCUCAAUUACAACUUUUACUGGUACAGGCAUUUUCAAACUGUAAUUAACAUCUGAAAGCUGCAACAUUUAUUUGAUAUAUGGACAGUUUGAUUGGUCUACGAACGAUCUUACAGUCUGCAUUAAUUAUUGUACACAAUCAAGAACAAUUACCUUGUGCCUAGCCCCUCAGUUUAUGAGCCCAACAUCAAAGACUUGCUUGACUUGACCGUGGUGACAAAUUAACAGGUGAAUCAUUCAUGCCAUCUAGUUUAAUCUUUUCUAUUCAGUUCAAGAUUUUCUAUCGGUCUCCAAAGGUCGUAGAGUGUAAACAGGAUGCCAGAAGAAGAAAAAACUUUGAUUUACAUUGAACUUAUGUCCAAUACUUUUAAGUUAAUUCGAUGGAGUGGACACUGGUUUCCAACGAGAUAUUUGGGUAUUGCGGCAGUGUUCCUCAGUCUUGAUUUUUGGAGAUCAUUAAUUUUCAUCUCUACAAUACCCUUGCAAAUGGUUCCAUGUAUUAUUGAUUUGAUUUUGAAAAUACCUGACAUGCCAAAGGUAAUCAUGAAUGGUAUAACCACCAUUUACUCCAUUCACGCUCUCUUCAGAGCAGUUUUUAUGAUCAUGAUGGGUAAAAGUAUUUGGAAGAUCUUCAAACGAUUCGAAACCUGUGAAGGGGCUACAGCAUUUCAUCUUAUUGAUAAGCAGCUUUCUCAAGAUGCAACGCAGAAGGCUUUUAAGUCGGCAAAUAAAAUAUUCCUCAUAAUAAUCAUUGGGGCCAAUGUCACAGGCUGCUUAUUCACUGUAACGCCAUUUGUAAUCUCCUAUGAGGCUAGAGCUCAAAAACUUCAAGAAUCAUCAAAUAAUGGAACCAUCCCUAAUGUUCUUGUCUAUGAAGCCUGGUAUCCCUUUGAUGUUUCAAAAUUUCCAGUUUAUCAGCUCACUGUACUAUUCCAAGCUUUUUGUGGAUUCAUUUGGAUUAACAUGGUCUCUACCUCAGAUGCCAUUUAUCUUUCAGUUAUAAUUCGAGCCGCAGAAGAAUUCAAUGUCCUACAAAAAAUGUUGACUAUACUUUCAAAUAUAAAUUCUACCAACAUUACUAGUGAAUCCAAAAUGAUCAACACGCUUUUGCAAGAUUCAGGCAUUAAAUGGCCUAGAGAUGCCAAUAUACUAUUGCAUUCAUGGGUUCAUCAUCACCAAUUAGUUCUACGAAUUCUUACAGAAAUCAGGAGUACGUUUUCAAUUUUUGUCUUUGGUGUGGUGGGGUUCAACGCUCUGUCGCUAGUGCUUUUGGCAUAUGUUGGUGCCACGAUAAAGGAUCUGACUGCGCUAUUAUCGGUUAUAAGCUUUUUGUUCGUCGUAACAGUUCAACUGUUGAGUUUUUCUUAUUACUCUGUAAAACUAUCAUCAAAGGCUGAAAAAAUGUCCGAGCAAUUAUUGGGCAUCAAUUGGUGGGAAGCCCCUGUGUCAUAUCGAACGUCAUUAAAAUUAAUAUGCUUGAGAGCAUCUAAGGAUGUGACGAUUACAGGGAUGGGUUACUUUAAUUUGAAUUUGGAGAUGUUUUUAGCCAUCACUAGGAGCGCCUUAUCUUACUUUAUGGUCCUCAUAAAACUAACUACGGGUAAUCAAUAGGCCACCUAGGGGUUGCUAUUUAUUUGCACAUUCGAAUUAGAAUUUAAAUUCCACCCGCGUAUGAUUUAAACAGAGGCAA